AAGAGUUUGAACAGGUUGAAACACGACCGAAACGGAGUGAGAAAAAGACAAAACGCACCCUACUUGCGCGAAAUUUCCAGAUUCCAGAAUCGCUCCAAAAUCGCAUUAACCGCGUCUUUCUUAUCUCGAAUCAGUCGAAUCACUUGCUAAGUUUCUGCACUUUUGAGAGCGGAAAUGGCGAUCGUCGGCAAGGCGGUGAGCAUUUGGGCCGAGAGCAGCGGCGACGAGGAGGAGGACGACGGCGAGGUGGUGCGGCAGACGACGCCCGCCGGCAACCCGUUCCUGAACGGGCGUCCGGGCUUCGCGCCCUUCCAGCUGUACGGCCGCCGCAAGCGUGGCCGUCCGAGCGGCCGCGAGUGUCUGGUGCCGGUGGCCGAGCAGACGCCGGCCAAGCAGGGGCCCAACAAGGCCCCGCGGCCGCCGGGGGUCGAGGUGCGCCGCUUCCUCGACGAGCUGCGCAACUUCACCGUGCCCGCCGCCGCGGACACGAAGCCUCGCAAGGGCCGCCGACUGCGCUUCGACUGUCCCAAGGGCAGGGACUUUGACCCGCCCAGAGAACAACACCAGGACGACGACGACCCCUUCCGUCCGAGUCUGUUCGACUUUGUCCGCAUGGACCGCGAGUGGAAAGACCCUGCCACCAUCUUCGACAAGCACGACCCGCCCAAGUCCGCGAGGGGCAGGCCCAGGACUCGUCCUGCCAAACUUCCAGGCAAGGGACGCGGAAGGCCCCGCAAAGUAGUGCAGACUGAGGAGGCUCCGAAGGAAAAACGGCCGAAAGGGCGGCCAAGAAUGUCUCCGAGGGAAGAGCAGCCCUUUGACCCUGCCAUGAUCUUCAGCUUCGAGGACGGAGAAGCCAACGAGGAAGAUAUCGAGAAAAUGAUCUCGAAGGGCAUGCUGGUGAUCAAUGCCAAUGCCAGGAAGUUCUUGGAAGGGUUGAAGGCGCCAGGGCGUCCUCAAAUCCACCCUGUCAAGCCAAAGGUGGCCGGAAGGAAGCUGGGCCGACCCAGAAUCCACCCUUUCAAGAUGAAGGUGCCGGGCAGGAUGAGAGGUCGGCCUAGGGUGCACCCUCCGAAGGAGAAGGUUCCUGGCAGGGUCAGGGGCAGACCCAGGGUCCAUCCUCCGAGGGAAAAGGUGCCUGGAAGGGCCAGGGGCAGACCCAGAAUCCAUCCUGCCAAAGAAAAGGUGGAGGGGAGGCCGCGCGGAAGGCCCAGGGUGCACCCUUCAAAGGUCAAGGUCCCUGGAAGACCGAGGGGAAGACCUAGGGUGCGCCCUGUCAAGGAAAAGGUGGCUGGCAGGAAGAGGGGCAGACCUGCCAAGACGAAGGUCGUCGUGGCCACUCAGGUUGAACCCAUUGAGAAAGGUGGUCAGGUGGACAACCUGCCGAAAGUUGAGAAGGUUGCCAAGAAGAGAGGUCGCAAAAGGAAGGGUCAACAACCUGAGACUCUUUGCAGUGACCUUCUUGCCUUAAAAAAGUGCAAACCUUACUUCGAAGGGGAGAACAAACUGCUAGUGAAGAUUAAAGGUGCUGGCAAGAAGAGGGGCAGGAAGUCAAAGGUCACCGCCGAGUCAACAUAAGAAACCAGAAAUUAGAAGUGGAAAUAGCAGAAAAAUAUCCUCAUCUUCAAGUUUAUAACUUUUUAAAUCUCAUAUUCUGCAGAAUUGGAUCCUCCGUCGAUCUUUAAAUUUGGACUAGCACAAGGAAUUGAAACAUAAUUUUUACAGCAACUCUCUACAUAACCUUUUGACAUUUUAUUUGUUUUAAAAAUGUAGAUUUCUGUGGAGCAAUGAGGAAAUUUGGAACUAUUUUAUCUGCGGACAUUUUCAAUAAAAACUUUU